AUGGACUUCGUCUUUGGGUUUUCCAAAGACGUUCACAAGAAUACUGGUGUUAUUGUGUUUGUUGAUCGGUUCAGCAAGAUGGUACAUCUUGUUGAUGUACCGGAGUCAAUCACAGCCCUGGGCUGUGCGCGUGUCUUCAUCGAUACUAUCUUCCGACUUCACGAUUUACCCCGUGAACUCGUGUCUGAUAGGGACCCCCGCUUUACGGUGGAGUUCUGGCAAUCCGUGUUCCGUUCACUUGGAACACGUUUGGCGAUGUCGAUUUCUGACCAUCCAGAAACAGAUGGUCGGACGGAACGCGUCAAACGCGUUCUCGAAGAGAUACUUCGAGGGUAUGUCCACUCGUUUACGAGCUGGCGUGAGUUUUUGCCUAUGGCGGAAUUCGCCAUCAACAACUCGGUACACGCGUCGACAACGCUUACACCGUGCUUCGUGAAUGUCCUACGCCAUCCACGUUUACCCGCCUUCUUAGAGUGUGAAAACUAG